AUGCCUGACCACAAGACACUAUCUCCGCCCACACCACCGUCUCCGACUCAACCGCUAUCUCCCAGCAACAGCAUCGGUACCCCAGAUGCCCGGACAAAAGCAUUUCCGGCGAAAUGCCCCGCCACGUACCACCAUCCCGAAGACCAAUACCAUCCACACUACCAACAUCAUUUCCAGCACCAACACCAUUUCAGCAGCAACGCCAUUUCCACCAACAACGGCGAAAUGCCUCACUACGGAACCACUUCCACUGCCAGCACCUUCUCCAACGCCAACAGAUUCAGCAGCAUCCAGGACAGCAGCUCUCUUGAACCAAAUAUCAUCUCCAACACCGACACCAUCUCCAAAACAGCGGCUGUAACGAGGACAUCAGCAUUUCCGGUGAAAUGCCUCGCCGCGUCACCAUCUCCAACGCUGUCACCUCUGUCUCCAACACCCCCGUGUACACAAAUGCCUCCACUCUCCAACACCACCGUUUCCAAUAGCUCUACUAUCUCCAAAAGCAGUGCCAUCUUCUCUACCACCACAAUCUUCAACACCACCACUCUUCCAACACCAUCACUUCCACCACGACUCCAACACCACGGUCUUCAUUACCAACACUAA